AUGGCAACCACAGUAUCCGAAGUCCGCCGCGGCGACUUUAUCUACCACGACGCCCUCUUCGUCGACCUCGGCAGCGGUAAACGCCACCCACGCGCCGGCGAGUCUGAACUCCGCGCCUUGCUUCUCCCCUCAAAGACCAAGAACAGCGGCUCCUCCUCAGCAGUUCCGAUUAAGGAUCAGGUUGCUCACUGGUACGAGGCGCAACUGCUACACUAUGGCUUGCCACGGACUCAGGACAAGAACUCGGCCAAGCUGCGGCUGACUCAGGCGUUGCAUGGUGGGGGGUUGAGCGUUCCAGCAGAGGUGAGGGUCAUGGAGGCGGCGAUGAAGAAGGAUUAUGCGUCGGUAAUGAGGAAGGUGACGAAGGUUGAAAAGGAGAAGGGCCAGGCUGAUGUGAUCGUGAAGGGGAAGAAGCGGAAGCUGGAGGAGGAGGAUGACAACGAUGCUGGGACUGCGGUACCUCACGGAAAGAUCAGGGUUACUGUUGAUGUCGAUCUUGGUCUGGCUGGGCACGAGUUUGAGAGACCGAAGACGAAGGCGACGGCGACGGCGACGGCGAAGAAGAUGAAGGGCGAACCUGCAUCAAGACCUGCGGCAAAGACUACAACGACCCAGAAAGCAGAGACCGAUGGUACUCGUGCUUAUGGCUCCUCGGUUGUAGGUAGAGGUAGGAAGGGGACCGCUGCGGCUCCUUUGUCAACCGCAACUGCCUCGACAUCGACGACAAAGCCACGAGCCAAGCAAACUGGUCGACGCAGCGCUCCCUUCAUGGGCCACACUCCAAGCUACCGCCAGAGGGAGGACGCCUCGCCUCAGAAGGUGCAAAGCUAUCCGCCCACAUAUUUCCAUGAUCAAAACUCGGAGUGCGACCUGGACGACAGCCCACCUCCAUACGACUCCCACGACUUCUCCCGGGCCAGCGCCCCCUCCUCAGGCCACAAACAAGCACAGAGAGGCGGCACAGUCCAAAUCUCUGGCCACUACGACAUUACAGCCACCACACCCGAUUCCUACGUCACUUUCAAUCCCAGUUUCGUCCUCGUCGUCGACAAGCCCAAUCAGCAGCUGUGGGGAUCCAUGACCAUACUGGGCAAGAUGCGCUGCAUGCUCUUCGCCGAUAGCAUCAGCAGCAUGCUGGACGCCACCGGAUCAUUCUCCUGGCGAGCUGAGGACUACGAGACCGGCCAGUACAUGUUCCGGAUGGAAUUGAGCGGUCAGUUGGAGUUCGACCAGGCGGGUGGCGUGAAGGGAAGAUUCUUUGGGUUGCUCGACGGCGAGGACGUCGUGAUCCAAGGUGACUUGACGCACGGGUACGGGAUGCCGGGCGUGGACGAGUUGAAGGCGGAGUGGGCGGCCAUUCCAAGACGGGCUUAUGGGAGGGGUUGA